UGUGCAGUACAUUGUGCAGUGUGUUUCAUCUCUAGCAGAACGUUUCCGUUGUUAAGUUUGCUUUAGCUUUUUCUAUGUGUUUGGAAAUUUGCGUCGUUAAUGAUUUUGGAGCUCGUUUCGCUUAAUGUUUCUGCUUUCGCUUUUGAUGCGCGGUUGGCCUUCUGGGUGUCCGUAUGUUUUUAAUCUCACGUGGUUUUGUGAAAGGAAUCCGGAAAAGCAGUGGAAAACGGAACGAGCGCGAAAUUGUGACAUUGUGUACGAAGUAAAAAUGCCUGACUUGUUUUUGCACGGGAGGCCUAAUGUGUUUUUCAUAUUAAUCGAACUACAAGCGUCAAAUCUAGCACAUGUGUUUUUUCUUUUCAUAAAGGUUUAGAUUGUUAACAAGCGUGUGUAUGCGUGUUAGCUACAGUAGCAAGCUAUUUUACGAGGUGUGUAUUUACGUGCUGCGAUUUCAAGUUCAGACAUGAAUAGAUUAUACCAGACACGGCGACGUUCAAAACCCGAUGCAUCCCGUGUCAACUGGAGGAAGACUCGCGUCUCCCUUACAUCCUGCCUGGACGACAGCGAAUCCGGAACGAGCACUCCCAGCACUAGCUCAGAAAGUGAAUUUGAGGAUGAUCAAAGUGAGGAAGAAUCUCCUCCAGAAGUUGCAGUGGACCACAAACCCAACAGAGAAGGUAGCGAUGCCGAAGAGGUAUGUGCGGUGCCACAAUCUCGACGAAAGAGGUUUUCUACUACCAUUCUUACUGAAAGUUCCAGCGACUCUGACAGCGACGUGGGGGGACGACCAGUCAGAAAACUUUUGCCUAAAAAACGCCAAAACGUCCAACUUUCCGACUCGGAGGCAGAGGCUGCUGCAAAACAGGAUGCGGAAAAGAAGGCUGCCGAGGUGAAAGAGACAGCUGCAAAGAGGAGAGAUAGACGGAACAAGCUAUUGGAACUGUCAAAGAAGAGGCGGUCCCGUACAUCAAGGUCCAGACGCAGAAAAUUAGAGGGUUCAAGUGAGGCAGAAUGCCACAGCAAUGAUGGGAAUGAUGAUGAGAAAGAAGAGUGUACCUCAUAUCAAGAGGUACACAGCAGUGAAGAGGAAGAGGGAGAUAAGGACAGUCUCAAAGACUUUAUUGUGGAGAGUGAUGAUCAGAAAGGUGGGGAAGGUUCUUCAGUGCAGGGGGCAGAAGGAUCAUUGCUCUCUCAUCAUCUUCCUCAGUUUGUCCCUGGAUCCAUGCUCACACAUUUCCAGGUGGUGGUAAAAGCCUUUUUGAUCAAUGCUCUGGAUGAGUCAUUUCUCAAGUCUUUGUAUGAUGGCGAGAGGACAAAGAAGUAUGCCCUGGAGAUGAAAAACUCCCUUUACCACCUGGAACAGCGCUGUAUUCUUCCGCGACUGGAGAACCUAAAACAGAGGAGCCGUUGGAGCGACAGGUACAAGAUGACUUCUCAGCUCCUAAUAUCCCAUUGUCCUACUACCUGCUCCCUGGAUCCCAUCCCUACACCCCUCCUCCAGUCAGUCUCUCCUCACAACCUCUCAUACAUCUUCUCUAGUGAACUUCUUGUCCACUGGAUCUUUCACUGGUAUCUUCAGACAGGCUCGUAUUUACCCCCCUGCUCCAGAAACCCUCCCUUUACCCCCGUCAUCCAGAACUACCAUUGUGCCUCUCUUCUUUACUUUCUCUCCAAAAUGUUUGAACAUACUGUUUUCAAAAACUCUCUCCUUUUCUAUCACAGAACAAGUCUAGCUUCAGACCUGACCAUUUAACUUUCAACUGCCCUUGUAGUCAUUGAGGAGCUCCACCCUGCAAAGGCAGCUUCUCUCUCCUCUGUUCUUAUCCUCCUCGACCUCUGUAGCAUUUUACACUUUUGACCACCAACUCUUGCUGUCUUUGCUUUCUGUCUUUGCACAGCUCUCAACUGGUUUGCUUGUUACCUGGACUGCAGGGUUUUUUUCUGGUUCAAAAUAGGUCUUAGGUGGUGACCGCAUGAAAGCAACUGCGGUCAGUCCGGCUUUGUUGCCACUGUCAGCAUGAUGCUUUGUCUCCAUAUUUUUAGCUACAUUUAGAAUAAGUUCUGUCUUCAAGAGACCGCCAAAAUUUAUUGAGAUGUAGGCUAUAAGAAAAUGAAACGUGGCAAAAGAUUUUAAUUGGAAUGAUUUUUUAUAUAUAUUGAAGGUUAUGUCUUUUAAGUGCCUGAUUUAUCCUACAGGCGGCUUAGGGGGCUUUAAACAACACUUAGGCAGCCCACCUAUGACAUUUCAAUGCAGGAAAAACCCUGGAAUGUCACUCCUUCCAGGUUUGCAGUUUCGAGACCUCAGGAACUCCUCUAACAGGAACUCCUCUUUUAUCUCUAUACCUAUUCCCUUGGCUCUGUCAUCUCCUCCCAUAGCUUGUCUGAUCAUUCAUAUGCUAAUGACACACAACUCUUUCUUUCCUUCACUCCAUCCAGUGCAUUGGCUUUGGCACACAUCUCAGCUUGCCGUUAGGACAUGUCAAAUUGGAUGUUCAUUCGUCAACUAAAGCUCUGCUUGGCUAAACUCAGAUUCGCUUCUUCCCAUAAGUCAUCCUCCCGGCUGGACCUAUUCUUCACUACUUAACCCUAGAGGACACCACAUGUAACUGCCAUAAUUGGCUUUUGAAUGCAAACUGUUAGCUGCGAUGAGAAGCAGAACAGAAAACUGGUUGUGAUACGGUCCUGAUCAGUUCAUGUAUA